CAUUUGCGACUGUGUCGUGACUGUAUCCACAUCAAUUUACUCUAAAAGGUGACAACAAAUGAAAAAUAAAUCCUUUUCUUUUUUAUAUUUAACUUAACUUGUUGAGUUUGUUGAAGAGUUUACUUUCUCAAAUUAUCUUCCUAUUUAUACAAUUUUUUUUAAACUUUUACCUUUUCAUUUUAUUCUUCUUCUCCUUCUGUAGAAAAUGGCGGCAUUCUUAGCGAAACAUGUAGUUGGCGAUCAGAUGAAAUCAGUCAAAGAGGCUAUGGGCGAUGAAAGUAAAGAACAAGUUGAUGAGAGUGAGAUUGAAGAAGCAAGGAGAGAAGCUGAAGAACGAAGAAAGGAGAAAAGAAAAAAAAUGGAAGAAGAAAGAGAAGAGAUGAGGCAACAUAUCCGAGAUAAGUACGGAUUAAGUAAAAAACCAAAGGCAGAAGCUCAAGAAAAACAGCAACCUGAAGUGGCUGAAAAAUCCAACUAUCUUCCUAGUCUGCAUUCAAACGCUGAAGAAAUUACUAAGAAAAUUACGUCAUCAAUGAAUGAAGUUGGUGAAAAAUGCUGUUUGCAAUAA